GACGCCCUGCCCCGCCCCGCUCCUGUCAGCCAUGGCGGACCGGCUCACGCAGCUACAGGAUGCGGUGAACUCGCUCGCUGACCAGUUCUGUAACGCCAUCGGAGUGCUGCAGCAGUGCGGCCCCCCAGCUUCCUUCAGCAACAUUCAGACAGCAAUCAACAAAGACCAACCGGCUAAUCCCACAGAAGAAUAUGCCCAACUGUUUGCAGCAUUGAUUGCACGAACUGCAAAAGAUAUUGAUGUUCUAAUAGAUUCCCUGCCUAGUGAAGAAUCAACAGCAGCUUUGCAGGACCUGAACUGCUGCACACAGCUUCUGACCCCUUUUGCAACACUCAGGUAUCUGUUUCUCACUUUCAAAAAAAUACUUCUGACCCCCAAUUCCAAGAAUGCUGCUGGCUUAUUGUUCUGUUCUUUGUAAAGAUCUUGUCUAGUAAACAGGAUCUUCUUCAUGGACUCUAGCUUCUGCAUUUACAUCGACUAUUUUCUUUUUAGAAUGCAACAAGGAUGCAAAUAACUCUGUUUUUUUUGAGAAACCUGGAGUUGCUUUAAGAUCUCCUGAAGGUUUAACACCAGGGUUGACCAUCUGUAGCUAUUUGAAGGCAUUUCACAAAAGACAAUAAAUGUGCCCAUUGGACCAAAUAACUUGACAGCAACAUUGUAUUUUGAUUUUAAACAGAGGAGAGGAGGAAAAUGUGGAAACGUUGUUAGUAACAAUAAUCGCUGAGUAUACUAACUGGGAAUGUAAACACCAGCUAAUUCUGUGUCAGUAUCUGUACUUAAUAGUCAAAGACCUCUCUCCUGCUGUAACCAAGUAGUAUGCUUGUUUCAUGACUGAGCUGCGUUUGAUUGUAGUGACAGCUGAUGCAAAGAAGCCAGAGUAGAGAGCCCAGCAGGGGUGUGCUUUCCUCAGAAUUGAUAUUCUAGCAACUUCUUGAUUCUUAAUGCAGAAUUUGGUUUCAGGAGAAUUUCUGAUCUUUUUGGUUUUGAGAUAAGUUAGCGUGAUUCUCUCUCUUACUGAUUCUAGUUUGGAUUUAUUUAUUUUUUUUCUGUUGUUUAAACUAGGGUGCUAUUAAAGAUAAAUAUUCUGACAUUCUUUAAAACCAGUUUCAAUGGUUAUUGAAAUACUCUAAAGCAGGCAUGUCUAGCCUGCAGGCCACAUGCAUCCCAGCAUGGCUUGCAAUGUGGCCACCCCCUGCCC